AUGUUACAAGAUGCUAACGAUUACCAUCCAAGUAUUAAAUUAACUCAUGAAAUUGGUAAUUCUAUUUCUUUUCUUGAUGUUCAAAUAAGUAAUGAAAAUGGAAAUCAUAUUACAUCGGUUCACCACAAAGAAGCAGCUGAACCUUAUGUUGUACCAUUCAAAUCUGAUCAUCCACGUCAUAUAUUUGCCAACAUUAUUCGAUGUGCUCUUCUUCGAGCAUUUCGUUACUCACCAACAUUGAAACAAUUUAAUUGUGAACGACGAGCUAUUAAAUUAAUGUUGCUCUAUAAUGGGUACAGUAUUAAUUCAUACACGUAA